AUGACUCACCUCUGGAUACCUGGGUUGCCCUACAAGAAGGCUCCCGUAGCCGACCGGUUCAAGUCGAGUGCGCCAUUCCUUUCGUUUCCCACGGCACACACGGCACGCUUCGUCUUUCGCCGGAACUACGAGAUCACCUCUUCCCGCUCCUUCCAGACAGUUUCGCCCCCCCGAACUGUCGUCCGCUCUCUCCUGCCAGUCUCGACUGGUGUCCGUUCCCUCCCCCGCAAGUCAGCUUCGCCUGACGUCCGUUCUUUUGCCCAGUUGCGACAGGGCUCGCAACUGCCGGUCUCCGUGAGACCAUCCACUCCUUCCCCUGCUUCCCCACCUGUCCCAGCUGCCACUGGGGCAGGGCGUUCGCUAACAGGCUCCGUCCUUUCCUCUCGCUUGGAGGAAAGGCGGGCUUCUCGACAGGCACGCUCUCGGCCUUGGGCUGCUACACCCAAGGUCGAGGGGCACAAGAAGUCCCCCGAGGGACACCGGUCGACAACCCGCCCUUCCCCCCGAGUCGAACGAGCCUCUGGUCCGUCCGACCGGGCUAUUCGCAGCCCACAUAUGGCGGCACGUACUCGAAGAGCGCUCAGGCGGAUCGACGAGGUUCUUGCUAAGCCUGCUCUGGUCAAGGCUGGGGCAGGUGGACGUAAGGCCAAGUCCGUGAAGUCGGUUCGUUUCGGAGAGGAUACCAUCAUCCCUGUGUCCUGUUGGAUAGUUCGGCGCGAGCAUGUCUUCCCCGCCCCGCUGGCGGCCAUGGGUCACCUGCAGGGUUGGAAAGUCACUCCUCGUGCGGAGCCAGACGAGGAGGGUGAGAUGGAAAAGUACACCACAUACUGGGGUUCAGACUCAUAUGUGAUGCUUGACAUCCACUCUGCCUCGGAGCCGUGUGGACGUGACGGAUGCCAGUACCAGCGCCUGGCUAGCAUUGCUGCCAGGAGGCCAGGCUGGGGUCCGGCCACGGUCUUCAUGGCUUGGAACAUGCUGAGAGAGAAGGUCCGGCAACGUGGUGGAUUCCGGCUUCGCCCUUUCAUUCUCGCUUUUCCUUUGUCAGCGUCUGUUCAUGGACUGGCUCUGAUGCUGGCGUGUAUCCUGCUGUGGUAUUGGUGGCGCAUUAUGCACCGAAGAGAGGAUUCUGGAGCGAGGGUUCCCGAACCACGAGGGGUAAUGACGCACACCUGUACGCAGGGUUUAAGUCGUAGUCCCUUACUCGGAGCGUCAGCAACCCGUUGUAGCUCCCGACGAACGAGACGGACGAGACGAGACGACGCCGACGAGACGACGACCGACCGACCAGCGACAGCGACAUCGACGACGAUAGCGACAGCGACAACGACGACACCGAAUCGCCGGAGGCCGAUUGGGGAUGGUGGUGGGCCAUCGACAAUACGACAAUAUCGACGCCUCCUUCGACGACGACGACGACGACGACGACAACCGACGGAGCUACACCGGGCGGCUAAUUACGCUUCACCGGAAGCGAAAGAAGACGGAAUGUUACCCAAUCAUGCGGAUGUACUGGGAGGGAAUAUUUCGUCUUGGGUUGAGUUUGGUGGCUGGUGACGGAGAGGUUGGAGAUCAGGGAGAUUGUUGAUCAGGAGGGAUAGCUGGACUGAGUCCAUGCGGAGUGAGUGGGGUGGUAUUAUUAGUAGAUAGUUCAAAGACCAUGGCAUCAUGGCACAUUUGCUUGGGUUUAUG